AUGCUGGCAGGCAGCUUCACCCUUUUGCUGUCCCUUUUUUUGUGUGCAAAAAAUGCGGGGAGCUUAAAACACCCCCAAGCCGCUCUCCUUUUUGUGCACAACAGCUCUGACCUUUUCCAAAAUGACACCCUCGGCGUGUUGCGAAACAAGACGAAAAUACAGAAUAAAAAGAAAAUUUCGCGCUUCAAAAUACAGUCGUCGGAGGAGAGGCAUACGGAUGGGGGGCUGCACUACGAUUUAACCCCUGAAAAUGUGGAAAAGGUUUUAAAUUUAAUUCGACCCAAGUUGCAAAUAGAUAACGGCGACGUCGAAUUGGUAGACAUAAAAAACAACGAUUUGUAUAUUAAAUUGCUGGGGAACUGCGUCACCUGCAGCUCGAACAGCGUCACGGUGUCGCAAGUUAUCAAGAAGACACUAAAGAUGUACAUACGGAAUGAAAAAAAUGAAGAGCCAAACGUGAUCAUCACCAAUUUUGACGAAAUAAAUGAAGAAAAUAUACACAGCUGUUUGAGCGACCUGAAGCCGUACUUUGACUUCCUGAAGGUGAAGGUCGUAAUCACGGACCUGAUGAAGAACAAGGAAAAUAUCAACAACUCCGUUUCGCUGGUUUUUAAGAAGGCGGACCUGGAAGGAGGCAGCGACGCGGAUGGGGAAGCAGAUGUAGAAGCGGGCCGAAGUGCAGACCCCUACGCCGACCCAGACGCGGAGCCAGUCAAAAUACCCUUCAGCGUGAAGAGCGAAAUAACGGAACGGCUGAAGCAGAAGUUCCCCACGCUCACUGUCAACUUUGAGAAUUAA